AUGCCCACCAAAACGUAUCUACAUCACGUAUCUUCAUUGUAUCAACAUUAUAUAUACCCACCACAACAUACCUACAUCAUACGCACCACAACAUACCUACACCAUACCCACCACAAUAUACCUACACCAUACCCACCACAACAUACCUACACCAUUCCCACCACAACAUACCUACACCAUACCCACCACAACAUACCUACACCAUACCCACCACAACAUACCUACACCAAACCCACCACAACAUACCAACACCAUACCCACCACAACAUACCAACACCAUACCCACCACAACAUACCUACACCAUACCCGGCACAACAUACCUACACCAUACCCAGCACAACAUACUUACACCAUACCCACCACAACAUACCUACACCAUACCCUCCACAACAUACCUACACUAUACCCACCACAACAUACCUACAUCAUACCUACAUCGCUGCCCCAUUAUAACACAUUUCCGACACAAUACCCCGCCUGUCCUCGAGGCCAUCAGCUUUUCAAUCGGUCACACCCACACUGAAUGUCACACUCUGUCAUGCUGUGAAGAGGUAGAUUAUGACAGUGAGACCCACAGUUCAUCUUGUGACUAUCAGCCCACAGUUCAUCUUGUGAUUAUCAGCCCACAGUUCAUCUUGGGACUAUCAGCCCAUAGUUCAUCUUGUGACUAUCAGCCCACAGUUCAUCUUGUGACUAUCAGCCCACAGUUCAUCUUGCGACUAACAGCCCACAGUUCAUCUUGUGACUAUCAGCCCACAGUUCAUCUUGUGACUAUCAGCCCAUAG